AUUUAUUGACUUUAUGGAAAAUGCUUCAUGAAAAGAUGAAAAAUAGCAUCACCCUAGUGCAGAUGUCAGAUAAAUUACAAGGACUUGCAGUUCCAGGUGAUCGCCUUGGAAGUGUUUCUGAUUACAUUGCUGGGUCAGGAACUUAUAUUAGAAAUGGCUUCAUAUACUCAAAGCUAUGUGGUAAUGUUGUUGCAAAAAAAGAGAUUGAAGAUAAGCUAGUUUUAGAAGUUAUUCGAAACAAGCUUCAAAAUAUUGUACCAGAAGUCAAUAGUAUUGCCACUUGUAAAGUCAUCAGUAAUAAUACUAGGUUGUGUAAAGUUUUUAUUUUAAGUGUCAAUGGAGUUUCUUUGCAUGGAAAAUUUAUAGGCAUAAUUCGUAAAGAAGAUGUUCGUGCUACAGAAAAAGAUAAAGUUAAGAUGUAUGAGUCUUUUUGUCCUGGAGACGUUAUUGUAGCACGUAUAUUAUCUUUAGGAGACUCCCAGUCUUACUAUUUAACAACAGCUGAGAAUGAACUUGGUGUUAUAUAUGCUUCAAGUAUUCAUGGACAUGCAAUGGUACCUGUAGAUUGGUGUACAAUGCAAUGUACUGUUACAGGUUUAAAAGAAAAUCGCAAAGUUGCAAAAGUUAAAGUUAGACAGUUGUAAAAUACAAUCAAUAUAAUUAAGAUUGAAAUUAGAAGAAAAAAAACUGUAUUAUUAUCAAAGUUUGAUAUUUUUAAUAAAAUUUUUUGGUUGUAUAAA